AUGGAUGUAAUGUUUUGUUUAACUUUUAUUAUAAGAGUGAUCUAUCAGAUUACUACUAUUACUACUACUACUACUACUAUUGCUACUACUACUACUACUACUACUACUACUACUACUACUACUACUACUACUACUACUACUACUACUACUACUACUACUACUACUACUACUACUACUACUACUACUACUACUACUACUACUACUACUACUACUACUACUACUACUACUACUACUGUAUGA